AUGGAUACAAGAUUAGCGUAUGAGACAUUAUCGCAAAUACUAAGCUAUCUAAAAGAAGAUCAAUCAGCACUAUUACAAAUCAACAGAACAUGCAAGAAACUCCAUGAGGUUUCGUUACCACUUUUAUUCAAAACACCUAAAUUCGAGUCAUUCAGCUGCUUUGAGUUGUUUGCAACUACGUUAACCGAGGCUAAUGGAUUGUUUGUUCGGCAUAUUGAUCUGCACAUGGUACCUCACCGUUGGGAUUCAUUCAAGAUAAACAAUCUCCUGUUCACCUUAUCUGAAAAGACGCCGGAUCUCGAGUUGCUCAAUUUAGAUCUAUGCUCACAACUAACCAACAAAGCACUAAUAAAGAUUACAAAGCCGUUGCACGAUCUGAGGAUAUUGUCAGUGGAUCAAUGCGAAUUAAUCGGUGAUGAAUCAAUAGAAGCACUGGUGAACAACUGCCCGUACAUACAAGAGCUCUACUUGGGAUCGACACACAUCACAGACAACUCACUGAAUCUGAUAGCCACCAAGUUUAUUCUAUUGACACAUCUGCACUUGCCAGGAUGCGAAUACAUAUCAGAGAUAGGCGUGGAUAAAGUGACUAGUGAAUGUAAAACUUUGCGCUACAUUGAUUUGCAGGAUUGUUACAACGUGCUUGGAGAGAGAACAUUUCAGCAAGGCGCUCUCUUUGGGGACAAUACACGGCCUGAUAUUCCGUUAGUAUUUGAAGACGAUCAAUGGGAAGACAUUGACGAAGACGACGGCGACGGCGAGGAGGAGGAAGACGAAGCAGAGAUGGAGCAAAAUGAUGAAAUGUGGGAAGAUGCUCCACCUGCUUAUAGAGCAAUUAAUUGA